AAUCCAUUAUUUGUGAUUACAACAAACAAGUUGUUAGACAAAUUUAUAGUAUAAUACAAACUUGUUUUAUAGGACUGUGUUAGUUGAGACAUGUUUUAGAUGGAUGAACAUAUUAUGUCAUCUCCUAAUAGAUUGGUGGAAUGUCGAAUAUGUCACAGUGAGGAUGAAGAAUCAACCAUGGAUACACCGUGUUCUUGCUGUGGCACAUUGAAGUAUGCACACCAAAACUGUGUUCAAAGAUGGUGCAAUGAGAAAGGUGAUACUACAUGUGAAAUUUGCCAACAGCAACUCAAGCCUGGCUAUACUGUACCUCCACUGCCUCCUCUAUUACACUAUGAUUCUUUUGGAGGGAACUGGGAGAUUUCAAGAAGGGAGCUUCAAAACCAUCAGUUCACAGCAAUGUUUAGUGCUGAUAAUGAAUUCCUAGACCUAGACUUUGAGUAUUCAGCAGCACCCUCUACAAGAAGCUUGAUAUUUUGCCGCAUUGUUACCAUUAUUUUUAUUGGUCUUCUUCUUCUACGCCAUACCCUUCCAAUCAUAUUUAUACUCAGAGGAGCAAGAGCAUAUUCCUUCACUGUGUUUAUGUCAGUAGUGUUGACAAAUAUUGGAAUGAUGAUUGUACCAUUUUAUAUAAUGGUUAAAGCUAUUAUUUCAAUCCAUCAGUUUCAAUGCCAGUCUCCUAUGCAAGGACCCCAAGAAAACGAUAUAGGACAGCCUCAGUUGCGUGUCAUUCGUAUAAAUGAUUCAGUGGUAAACUUCAGAGUGGAGUAAUGAUUAUCUUUAAUGUGAAAAUUAAGGGCAAAAACAGAAGAAAUUGAAGAGAAAUUUGAUGUAAUUACUCCGUUGAAAGAAUUGGAUGUUAUUGUAUAUACAAUAUAUAACGCCUUCUACGUACCGGAAAAGAAAAGGUUGAGAAAGAUCAUAAACACGGAUAAAUAGAGACUUACUACAGUGUACAUUGUGGCUUCAGGCAAAAUAAAAUGAGUUGA